UGGAGUCAGAGGCAGAGCCAUGUCAGAAGCUGGACUUAGAGACUGGGCUUCUGUGGUCCCACUUGGCCCCGCCGGGACGGCAAUGCACGAAGCCUCCUGUGUCGGGGCUGAGCUGCUGAGAGGCCAGCGGAGUUCUCCGCAUGGGUUAAGGCCAGUUCCUGGGAGGAGAGAUGCUGGGUAGGGAGGUGUUGGCAUGUGGGACCUGGUGCAGCCUGGUCCUCUCCCGCAUUUGGGAGGGGCUGAGAGGAUAGCUGGGCUGGUCUACUGGAGAGGUCCUCUGACCGGCUGUUCAGCUUGGGCUGCACACACACCCUCCCCUGUACAGGCCACACAGGAGCUGGUGUCCAUACACGGUGCACCGCUGGGCUCUGAGGACACCCACUUCACCCCCAGCACCUCCGGCCCCCAUGUACCCACAAGAACACAUACUCAUAUCAGCUCAGAGACUGCAGCUGCUGACCUAAAGAUCCCAGCUGGAGACUCCGAGGGUGAAAGGCGCACAGUGGUGGAAGCUCUGUGGGCAGGGCGGGUGGCUUACUUGGAGGCUGGGGCUGAAGGUGGGGGAAGAUGCUGUUACCUCCCGCCCCACAUACUUAAUCCUGCUGCCUCGCCUCGCCUCCCUUACACUGCCCCAGGAACACCCAGCCAGGCCAUGGAAGGAAGGGAGGUGACCUCAGAAGGGGAUCAUCCACCUCAGACCAAGGGCUGGGGAGCCUUGGGACCAACCCUAGAGUCUGGGAGGGUUUGUUUGGUGCUAGUUCUAGCAGCAUCCCUGAUCAAACUUGCUUCCGGAAGGAUGGGCAUCCAGUUGCACCAUGUCUGUGACCAGCGGGAAGAUGGGACUAUCCCUGGCUCAGGAGAUCCUUAGCCACCUGGGCCUUGCCAACAAGAAUGCAGUGAAAGGCAACUGCCGGUCAGCCCUACUAGCCCUGUGCAGGGCUGAAGACCUUUGAGACCUCAUCCCCACAUGACCUUCAAGGAUCUGAGAUUCCCACGGAUGGCUGAGCCUGCAGGAGACCAGCUGGGCCUCCAAAUAAGAUAACCCCUCACUUGAGCACCACAUGUUCCAGCUUCUUGUGGAGUCUGGAACUCGAAGUUCCUCUUAAAUCCCUUAAUUUCCCUCAUCUCAAAGUGAUGUCUGCACCUGGGUCCCCUAGCUCUGUCUUGGGUAUGCGAUAAUGGGAUCUCUUUGAUAGUUUCUGCUCUACUCAUUCUUUCCGUAUUCUGGCCAGCACAUCUCACUGAUAUUUGGAUUCUUUUGGCAAACUUCACUGUCAUUUGUGUUCCCUGAUUGAAGUUUGGGUGGAGCAGGACAUGGGCUGGGAGGAGGCCUUGAAGCUGGAGGUGCCUUUCAUGUGCACUUGGAUAUUCAACAGGAGUCCUGUUUGAGGCUCUAGACUGCAGUUGUCAACAACCCCCCUCCCCUCGGUGUCUCCCCUCACCCCCAUUAAUCUCUCUUCCCCAGGAAAUUUCAGGUAAAAUAAUUGAGAACCAGGAACCACAAUGAGGUCAGAAAUGGUUAGAGGAAGCAAAGGACCAUCUGUAUGACCUGAGAAGCAAGCAGAGGAUCAAGCUACCCCUCCCCUGCAUGGGAAGAUUGGGUUAGCAGGGUGCACAAUCCCCAAAUUCAUAUGUCCAAAGCAGGAACUUGGAAACCCACCUCCCAAAUUAUAGUACUACUUCCAAAAGAAGACCUAUCGAAAACAGAUAAAAAACAAAAAAGGAAAAAGCAGGCUUUGGCUCCCCCUGCUGCUUGUAUUAGAAAUGACAGGCCACCCCCUCACAUCUUUUUACCUCCCCCUCCCCCUUUUUGCAUUCCUCAAUUGAGUCAAAUACUUAACCCCAUAGCUGCAGGGUAAGGCAAACAACAGACCUCAGGAAAGAAGUUUUAUUUCCAACCCCCUAGGAAGGCAUUACAAAUAAUGGAGAUAGAAACCCAAAAUUAAACCCUGAAACAAACGGAUGGAUACGGGUGGGCCUGCAGGAGCAGAAAGUAGGGGAGAUGGGUUCUAGACAGGGACCUCACCCUGGAGCCUGAGUCUGUAUAUUAAUGUGACUAUUCUGGGGAAAGGGAGUUGGGAAUCAGAAAUCCUCACCCCACCAACCCCAAUGUUGCCCGGGAUGGUUGGGAGGAAGAGGAGGCAGCACAUGAGGGCAAAGACGUCACCAAGUCUGACCUUGGCAUUUACUGCCUGCUCUGAUCCCCAAUGUUCCAUAAAUAAGUUACCCUGCAUAUCUCAAGUUGAGCUGGGGAGCAAGCAAAAUAGCCCCAGCCUCUGAAAGCGGAGGCAAGGCAGCCUGGCACUGAGCGGGGCUACAGGAGGACACAGUCGGACUCUUGCUUCGGCCUUUGCCGACGCUCGGCAGCUGGGCGUCCAAAUGCAGCUCCUCUCCCCUGUAUCAGAUUUAACAAUUGGUCACCCAUCAACUGUGGAAGAGCCCAGGACAGAGACUCUAGAUGGAAGCAGGGUCAGGAUUGGGAGGGGCAGUGGGGAGAGAAAGACAGGAAGGGACCCAGGGGAGAGGGACAGACAGGAGAAAGGCCCCGAGGGAAACCGUGAAGAGACAUGGCAGGAAUAACAAGUGUCCGGACCAGGGGAAGCAGGAGUGGCACGCCGGGGAUGUGGGAACGCUGGAGGGGCAGCGCUAAGGGCAGGGGGAGCAGACCCACCUGCGGUGACAGGGCCCGUGCUGCCGCGGGCUGGGCGGCUUGGUGCUGUUGGUACUCCUCUUGCUGAAGUUGCUGGGCCAGCUCCAGGUCGCUAAGACCCAAUGCGCCUUGCGACGGCUGCUGCUGCAGGGACAAGGCGAUCAGG